UCUUCCUAUUUCUCUCUCUAUCUCUCCUUCUUUUCUCUCUCUUUCUAUUCAACUUUAGUUCUAAUCAAAACACAAAACAUACCCAGUUCACCAAAUUACCUGUUUUGCUACUUCCAUGUUCGUAGUCUCUGAUUCUUCACCAUUUGGGCCUUCUAUUUCCUCCAGCUUCUGCUUCUUCUUAGAUGGAAAGCUUCUGCUUCUUGACAAACCUAUAAAUCCAAACAGAAAUGAUCUCAACUCUUGUUCUUGUUCUUCCGAGCAUGAAUUACUAGAGUAGCACAGUUACAAAAUUCAUUUUAUGAGAUUAAGAGGGAUUGGAAAUGGAGAGUGGGUGGAGCUGGGAUCAGAAGUCACUCAUUGGUGAGCUAAUUCAGGGUAUGGAACUUACCAAGCAAUUGAGAGCCGAGUUGAAUUUGGAAUCUGCAGCAGAAAGCAGGGGAUCAUUAGUACAGGGAAUCUUAUCUUCAUAUGAGAAAGCUCUUAUCAUACUGAAAUGGAAUGGAGCAAUGAGUCAGCCUCAGAUGGCAGAAGCAGCAGCUUCUGCUUUGCCAGGCUCUCCAAUUUCUGUCAACGAAAGUCCUUCAAGUGAUGACUCUGGUAGAGGCCUCAAGGACUCUCAGGAACCCACAAAGGAAUCAAAGAAGAGAAAGACACAGCCCAGAUGGACAGAACAAGUGAAAGUUAACUCUGAGACGGGAUUCGAAGGACCCUACGAGGAUGGUUAUAGCUGGAGAAAAUAUGGACAAAAGGACAUUCUUGGAGCAACAUAUCCCAGAAGCUACUAUAGAUGCACUUUCCGUAAUACUCAGAAUUGUUGGGCAGUAAAGCAAGUACAAAGAUCUGAUGAAGACCCUUCUGUGUUUGAGAUUACGUAUCGAGGAAAGCACACUUGUUCCCAGGGGAACUAUUUGGCCCAAUCAUUUCAUUCACCAGAAAAGCAAGAAAAGAAGGAAAACGAGCACGAUGAUGACCAUCAUCAAAAGCAACCUUCGCAAGAGAACUUACUCGGUUAUCAGACAUUUGAGAAUAUCGGAAAGCUUGAAAACAAGGCAUCUACCUUCUGCUUCGGUUCGACUUCAGGUGGAUGCAAGAACAUUGAAAAUAGUGACUUUUCACGUUUAGCUAUCGACACUCACGCCAGCUUGGGAAACUUUUCUCAAUCAUUUAUCUCUCCAACCACACCAGACUCGAACUACUUUACGCCAUCCCCAUGCCAAAGGAGCCACGUAGGAGGGGCUCAUAAUGUGCAUCAAUCAGAAUCUGAUGUCCAUGAGAUUUUCUCGGCCAACACUUCAGCCACCAAUUCCCCUAUCCUAGAUUGGGAUUUUCCAUUUGAUGCAGAGCACAUCAACCCGAAUUUCCCAUUUAAUUCCCCCGGAUUUUUCUACUAAACCACUUGGGCAUAAAAAUAAAAUGGCACCCUGGCUAAUAACAAAUCCUUUAGCAUAUAGCUUCAAUCAUGCACAAAGACAGAGGAAAGGAAGGUUGUUUCUACCCAGAUUUCAUUUUCUCAAAUGUUAGCAAAGCAUGGUGAUUAGUAAUAUAAUUAGCAGGCUCAUCUUUGGUUCUUUGAUUAAUUUUAAUUCCAAUUGAUUGCAUACAACAUUAGACUAAGUAAUUGCAUACAUAAUUCAUAUGUCAUGUUUGGAAUUAGGAGGCUCUAGAACAAUAAUAGUAAAUGAAAAAUACAUCCUUAUAGUUUAUCAUGCAUCUCCUAGAAUCUAAAAAGUAAUUAUCAAUAUCCUUAGAUCUGAGUCAGAUGACAUCUACAUAAAUAUUAUAUCAAAUAUCAUCACAUCAUCAAGAAAAUGGAGGAAAAAUGUGUGACGUGUUUUGUUCAUCAUCAAAUCACAUGGAUGUAUCACAAAUUUACUAAAUCACAAAGAUGCAUUUGGCAGA